AGUUUGUGGCCGUGGCUGACUCCAGAGACUGGAUCCGUUCCUGAGAGAGGUGUUCUAGGCUCUGUGGGACUGCUCCUGUCCCAUCAGAGAGGUACUGAGCCUUUUGGACCGGUUCUACUCAGGGGUGAAGAUGGUUUCUCUCCUGGCUUGUCUUGGGCUAGUGUUCUACUGCUGCUCUUUGUCCUCUGGUCAGAAACUCUCUCCUACAGGGAAGAAUGUCUGUAAGAACCCAAGCGAUCUGUCUUCUCUGGUCUGCUGCGAUGGAUGGGCACAGGAAGGCAAUGAAUGCACUCAACCUCUGUGUGAGGGAGAGCGGGCUUGCCAACAGGAUGAAGUGUGUGUGUACCCAGGAAUGUGCCGGUGCAAACCGGGAUUCUACGGUGCCCAGUGCAAGACUCGCUGCCCUCCUGAGUUCUGGGCCCCCGACUGCCGUGAGGUCUGUCUGUGUCACCCUAACGGGCAAUGUGACCCGGUGACGGGGGAGUGUACCUGCCGGCCCAAUCGCUGGGGUCCGCUCUGCCAGAACGAGUGCAGGUGCGGCCGACACGGACGCUGCAACCAGGUCCACGGCAACUGCACCUGCGACGAGGGCUGGUGGACGCCCACCUGCAGCAAAGCCUGUCUGUGUUACCCAGGCACAUCCACCUGCGACCCUGCCACAGGCCACUGCCGCUGCAAUACCGGCUACUGGGGUCCCAAGUGCAGCCUGCGAUGCAACUGCAUGCUGUCGCCAUGCCAACAGCGAACCGGGACCUGCCAGUGCAAGCAGGGGUUUUGGGGACCGGUUUGCGACCGGCGCUGCAACUGUGACCUGAAUCAUGGGGGAUGUGACCCGGUUAGUGGGGAGUGUGUGUGUGAUCCUGGAUACCAGAAUCCCUUCUGUCACAUGACUUGUGCUGCAGGAACAUAUGGCAGUGGAUGUGAAAAGAGCUGUGGUCACUGUGCAGGGGGCAAGCCCUGCUCUAUAGAGAAUGGCUCCUGUGACGUUUGCAUGCCAGGAUGGAACGGCACACGUUGUGAUAAACCCUGUCCGCAUGGUUACUAUGGAAACCACUGCCAGGAGGUGUGUCCUCACUGCAAAAACGAAGAGCCCUGUGACCCAGAGACAGGGGCAUGUUCCCGCUGUGAUACAGGCUGGACUGGGCCCCGAUGCGACCGGCUCUGUCCAGACGGGACCUUUGGAGAUGGCUGCCGCCUCCCGUGCAGCCCCUGCUUUCACGGCCAGUGUGAUCAUGUGACCGGGAGCUGUGUGUGUCAUCCUGGCUUUCAGGGUGAAAGCUGUAACAGUACAUGUCCCAGCCACCUGUAUGGUGUUAACUGCUCCUCCGUGUGUGACUGUGGAGACAUCCCAUGCCAUCCAGCCACGGGGGCGUGCCAAAACAGUAAUCAUGCAGGUCUUAUAGCUGGGCUCCUGAUUCCUCUACUGAUUUUAAUACUGGCACUACUGUUCUGUUGUUGCUGUUGCGGGCAAAGCCCUGCGGACGGGAAAGACAGGAUGGCAGUCGGAGAUGGGGGGACCGCUGUCCGAAUGAAGCACCACGUCUACAACGUUUUGGCUAACAUGGGCUCGGCCAUGCCCUGUCUAACACUUUGGUCUUCAGGCCUACCUAGAGUCACAGUGUCUCACCAUGAUCCUGAGCUUACCUUCAACCACAGCUUUAUCGAGCCCCCCUCCUCCGGCUGGGUCACCGACAACUCCUUUGAGAGUGAUGAGGGGGAGGAGCUCUACUGCGUCCCACCCAGGGAAGAUAUUCCUGCGGUGGCUGGAGGAGAAUUCCAGGAGCUCAGUUCCAAGUGCAACAUGUUCCCUGACCCGUCUGCGUUCAACAGCGAGGACAUGGCCCUUGCAUUUGGAAUUCCGCGAACUUCCAGCAUCGCCAAGUCCAAGCGGCCGUCUGUCUCUUUUGCGGAGGGCACCAAGUUCAUCUCCAAAGAGCGACGUGGUUCUGCCCAGGACCUUCCCCUGUCUGCUGCCCGUAAACCCAAAGCUCCCUGGGGUGUCCUCAUGGUCUCUGCACUCCAGGGCCAAAUAAAUAGGGUGGACGGUGAAGGAGAGAGAGAGAAAGAGGUUGAAGUGGCAGAAGAUGGGGACCCUAUGUGUGGGGAGGGAGAUCCUAGCUCAGACACCCCACAAACAGGCAAAGAGAGGUUCAGUGGUGCCUCAUCACGGACAAGCCUGACUGUUCCUGGGGGGAGGCGACGAACCCUGUCCAACACCAGGAGGACUGCACAAUCACAGGCUGCUUCAUCGUCUGAAGGACAGGCACCUGAAGCAGGUGAGGGGAAGUUGACCACGGUGUAUGUGACUGUUGGGAAGGCACCACGGGCAUCCAAGCAGGAGCCCGUCUCUGAAGGCCCAGUGCAGGCCAUGCUGCGUAGGCUUGGCAGCCUCCAGAAACAGAGAGAAGAGGCCACAAGGCCUGGAGGCAAGGGACAAGCUGUGGUCAAACCCCCGCGGAGGAAGUUAGGAGCACGGGCCAGCGCUUGGGAGCAGGAGUCUGGAGCUGGUUGCACUGCAGAUGUGACCAUGAGAAAAGCCAGCCUGAGGAAACACAGUUCUCUGAGCUCUCCUGGCGCCGUUUGCUCGACGGACACUCCCUAUGAGAACACCCCAAAAAGACCACUCUCCUCCAUACUGAAGAGCGUGCCGGAAUAUUCCACACCGAGGUCAGAGGCUGAAUACGAGUCACUUGCGAAUGCAUCAUCUUUCCCUGAUGCUGAGGGGAAAAGUUCUUACCAGACAGUGGGGGCCUCUGAGACAGAGUCUAAUUCAGCUGAGGUCAUUACUAAUGAAGUAGCUGUGACCAGUGUGGAUGAAGGACCAAAGUAUGAAAAUGUUUUCAUAAAGCAGUCAUGAUUUCAGGUGUUUGCACCUCUGCCUAUAGCCAUAAAGGGACAUACAAAAUUUAAGAAUUACACUAAAAAUAGAAAUCCUUUAAAGGAUUUGCAAAAUCCUUUAAAGUUUUCACAUACUGUUGACUUCUCUUUGUAAAUGAAGCCUCUCACUUAGUAGCUGUGCUACAGUGAAAUCAAAGACAGCUUAGACAUAAAACCAGUUGCAAACUGCAUUCUGGAACAUCAAAAUGAAACACGGCACAUUAUUUGAUAAUAUUUGGUCAUUUUAAAAUUUUUGUAUCACCUAUCUUUAUAAAGAUUUAGGUGCAACUGUGUGUAAUAUAUGUGAUAUCACUCUUCCUGUAAAAUAGACAGCUAGCAAUCUCAAAAUGUUGAAGUUUUUUUCAUUUAGUGUUUUUUUUUAAAAAUCAUCUCCAUAUUCUAUUCUGUGUAAUGUUGUGGUAUUUUACCCAUGUGCAGUGAACUGACUUGAUUUGAAACCUUUGGAAUCUGGCAGUGUAUACAGAUUCAGCUGUUGUAAGAUUAUAUCAACAUACAUCAACAACUUUUCAUUUCCCAGCAUGACAAUGUACACACAGCUCACAUUAACAAACAACAGUAAGCCUACUGUUAGCAUGUGUUAGUAUCGUGAGAGCUCUGAGAUCGGGUUUAUGCAUGCCAGUGUAAAAAGAAAUACGCCGGAAAAAAACGACUGUGACUUUUGCUGUCAUGUUAUGUUAGAGCUGUUAUAUUUGUACUGUAACUGACCAUUCAAGUUCUGUGAAGCAAUUUAAGAUUAGACAAAUAUGACAUUGAAAAAAAUAUGAUACAAAUAUGAUGUUGAAAAAAAAAGUGAUGUGAAUAA